AAAGAUGUCAACACUACGCGAUGCUUUAGCUUUAAGAACCGGAUUUGCGGCACUGUUUGGUGACCUAAUGCUCGGUUGUCCGACAUAUCUGUUCGCCAAACGGUUCGCACAAACUGUCAAAGAGUCGCAAAGUGUUUACUUUUACGAGUUGUUGCAUAAAAGCGAGUGGUUUGCCAAACAGACUAAUUGCAGUACGACCAUGGGCAUUUGUCACAUGAUGGAAUUGCCAUUUGUGUUUGGUCUACCACUACUUGAUCCACGCAAUUACAGUCCCGAUGAUAUCAAUUACGCCAAUAUUAUUAUGAAAACAUGGACUAAAUUUGCCAAAACAGGUCAUAUGGACUCUGAUUGGCCGCAGCUGUUAAACGAUGAGCCGAUGGGUGCGCCCAAAGUCCACGGUUUGGACCCAAAGAACUUACAGCUUGUACUGAAUGACCCUAUUGAUGUGAAGACCAGUAUAGGAGUAGUGAGGGGUCGGACACUACAUGUGUUGGACACAAAUGUGGAUCAGUUUGUGGGCAUUCCAUACGCCGAACCCCCGGUCGGCAAACAU